AUUGGAUGCGCCGACCGCUGUCACGUGACUCGUCGACAACGAGGUCAUGUGAGCGACGGGGCGGAAGUUCACCAGAUCCAACAUGGCGGCGGUGGUGCAGAAUUGUCAUCGCUGAAGUAAACAGUCACUUCAUUUUUAACACGUGACUCACGUUUAAACGUUUUUUCUUUCAUUUGUAUUUUCCUUAAACGGUCGUCAUGGCUUCCGAAUAACGCUUUUUUCACGGUUUUGCGUAACGAAGAGAGGAGCGUCUUCAACUCAGCGGCGGCCAUGUCCCUGGCAGAGACCGCGUCGGAGUCGGCGCCCUUCUUCUCUGAGGACAGCGAGGGGGAGGAGCCGGGCGGCAGCGCGGGGCGCCGGCCGCCGGAGGAGGAGCCGCCCAGCGGGGUGUCGAGCGUUCGCGCGCUGCUCACCGUCCUCAUCCUGUGUUACAUCAACCUGCUCAACUACAUGGACCGCUUCACCGUGGCAGGUGUUCUCCCCGACAUCGAGCAGUACUUCGGUAUCGACGAUGGAAAGUCCGGCCUCCUCCAAACGGUUUUCAUCUGCAGCUACAUGUUCCUGGCUCCGGCCUUCGGUUACCUUGGCGACCGCUACAACAGGAAGGUCAUCAUGAGCGUCGGCAUCAUGUUCUGGUCCCUGGUGACGCUCGCCAGCUCCUACACCCCCAAAGAGGUGAGUGUGUGUGUCCUGCCGCUGCCCUUUGACCCCCCCCCCCCCGCUGACGGAACGUCUCUCGGCGUCCCGCAACACUUCUGGGCCCUGCUGCUGACGCGAGGUCUGGUGGGGGUCGGGGAGGCCAGUUACUCCACCAUCGCUCCCACCAUCAUCGCCGACCUGUACGUGAAGGGGCAGCGGACCAACAUGCUCUCUGUUUUCUACUUCGCCAUCCCCGUCGGCAGCGGACUCGGGUACAUCGUGGGCUCACAGGUCGGCGGCGCAGCACAGGACUGGCACUGGGCUCUACGGGUGACUCCUGGUCUGGGUCUGAUCGCCGUGCUGCUGCUGCUCUUCGUGGUCAAGGAGCCAAUCAGAGGCGCCAUCGAGGACCGACCGGAGGACCACACGCAGCGGACCAGCUGGCUGGCCGACCUGCAGGCGCUCAGCAAGAACUACAGCUUUGUGUUGUCCACCUUCGGCUUCACGGCCGUGGCGUUCGUCACCGGCUCUCUGGCGCUGUGGGCGCCGACGUUCCUGUUCAGAGCUGCUGUGUUCACCGGCGAGAGACCCCCCUGUUCUGAGGGGAACUGCGCCUCCUCGGACAGUUUGAUCUUUGGGGUCAUCACCUGUGUGACGGGUGUGCUGGGCGUGGCCAGCGGCGUGCAGGUGAGCCGGCAGCUGAGGACGAGGACGGCCCGAGCCGACCCGCUGGUCUGCGCCGCCGGUCUGCUGCUCUCGGCUCCGUUCCUCUACCUCGCCAUCGUGUUCGCUCAGGCCAGCACCACCGCCACAUACGUCUUCAUCUUCUUCGGGGAGACCUUCCUCUCCAUGAACUGGGCCAUUGUGGCUGAUAUCCUGCUGUAUGUCGUCGUUCCGACGCGUCGAUCGACAGCCGAAGCGUUUCAGAUCGUCAUCUCGCACCUGCUGGGAGACGCAGGGAGUCCCUACAUGAUCGGAGUGGUGUCGGACUCCCUGAGGAGGACGGACUCCUUCCUGUGGCAGUUCCGCUCGCUGCAGCUCUCGCUGCUGCUCUGCUCCUUUGUGGCCGUUGUGGGAGGCGGCUUCUUUCUCGCCACUGCGCUCUUCAUCGAGGGAGACCGUGACCGGGCCACGAAUCACGCGCCCACAGAGGACGAGCCCAUCGUGGUCCCUCAGAGCGGACGCUCCACCAGAGUCCCGGUGUCCAGCGUUCUGAUCUGAGCGAGACGUUUCCUGUGUCGCGUCUCAGCGUCUCCGUCAGAGUUCUGGUCCAGAGGAAGGAGGAGCCUGUGAGGAUCCUCAUCCUCAUCCGGGGGGAGAAAACGCCGUAACGACGGUGGCCAUCUUGGUUCAUCUGCAGCCUCUGGGAGGCGGCGCGACGACAAACCCGACGCCGGACAACAGAAAUUCAGGCGAACAACAUUUUAGAAGGAAGUGAGACAAAAAGAGUCCAAAUACGCUCGCUUCCCUUUCACUGGAUGCAGAAAAACAAGAUGGCGACGGACAGAAUGUGGAGCGGAGGCUCCGAUGAGCGAUGUCACCAUGACAACAGUCUGGAUUGGAGCUGAUGACGUGGUAUCGAUCCGGUUCCGUCUCAUCUUCCAAUGUUUGAGCCCUUUUAUGAACCGUCUCCGUAGGUCAGCAUGCUAACUAAGCCCAAGGGAAUUACCCACAAGUCAUUGCAAUGUGACAUAAAACAUGGAGGGCUGUUCAAACGUGUUCAGACUGUCAUAAUAAAAUGUAUUUGUUUAAAACAUCGAGGAUUAAAGAUUGAGGAAAAGAACAAACCUGUUCAUUCAUCUAUUCAUCAAAUAUAAAAUGUUGUAAUCAAAGCAAUUUUAAAAUGUGUGAAAUAAAUCCCUUUAAUUAUACAUCA